AUGCCAAUUCGCGUUAUCAUUGUCGGCGCUGGGAUUGGCGGCCUCACAGCUGCCGUAUCUCUUAGGCAGGCUGGGUGCGAAGUAACGAUCUUCGAAAAAUCAUCAUUUGUGGGUGAAAUAGGCGCAGCACUAGGACUUACGCCCAACGGAGGUCGAGUCUUGGAGCAUCUUGGCUUCUCAUUCCAAAAGGCCCGCACCUGCACAUUAAAAACAUGGGCUACUAUAGACGGCCUCACUUACAAUACUCUCAAUCAAUUAGACCUUAGCAAUGCCCAGCGUGCUUUUGGGGCGCCGGUGCGUGCAGUCCACCGAGUAGACUUGCACACUGAGCUGCUACGGUUAGCUACAAUGUCUGGAGAGGGUCUGUCCCAGCCAGUGACAUUGAAGCUGGGCAGCCAAGUCGCUGAAGCCCAUCCCGAUGGCACGAUUGUUCUUCAGGACGGCUCUAGACGUACUGCUGACUUAGUAGUGGGAGCUGAUGGGUUAAGAUCGGUUAUUCGCGAUGCUGUUCUAAGCGAAGAUGAUCAAGCAAAGCCAGUCCAUUCAGGCCAGGCAGCGUUUCGAUUCCUUGUUGACACAUCCACAUUAAGAAGCGACCCAACUCUUGCACCUCUAGCAGAUGGUAAUACAGACCAACUGAGCCUUUUCGCCGACACAUCUGAAACCGUACGAGAACGCCACGUCAUUUGUGGUGAAGUGCAAAACUUCGUUGGUAUCCAUCCUAGCCUAGAGGUUGGAAACCAAGAAGGCGACGAAGCCAAGGCGGCCAUGAUGGCUGAGUUUGCACACUAUGACAAGAGGAUCCUCCGCUUGUUUGAGCUUGCUGAAAAUGUCAAACGCUGGCCUCUCUACAUUCAUGACCCAUACCCUACUUGGGUAAAAGGAAGAAUUGUCUUAGUUGGAGACGCAGCUCAUCCGAUGCUACCAUUUGGUGGCCAAGGGGCAAUGAUGGCCAUCGAGGACGGUGGUAUCCUCGGUUCUCUCUUUACCAACGUCCUCCCAGAUCAAAUUGACGCACUCUUAUCGAAAUUUCAGCAAUUGCGCAAAAAUAGAGUUUCUCGUAUCCAGUUGCUUUCUUCAGUACGCGCGGGACGAGAGAAUGAAGUCGACGCUCGCAUCAGCCAAUACGCGGAUGGCCCAACUGGUUCUAUACCGACAACGCAUAAGGAACGCACUAUUCACGAUUACAGUUACGAUGCAUAUGCGGAUUUGGAGAAAAGCCUUGCUUCAGAUAUAUAA